UUUUCUAGCCAUGAAAUGGACAGUGAGUCACAUCUUAGCGAGACAAGUGACCACAUGGCAGACUUUGAGAGCAGCUCCAUUAAAAAUGAGGACGAGAGCCAGGAGGUUUCAAUACCACUGGAAGACUCUACUGUAUCUGGUAGUUUAGAACAAAUGAAAGCCAUCUAUAAUAACUUCCUCUCCAAUUCCCACUGGUCCAAUCUCAAUUUGAACCUUCACCAGCCAAUUUCAGAAAAGAACAAUGGUAGUAGCAGCAGCAGUAGCUGUGAAAGUGGCAGCUUUGACUGGCACCAGACUGCUAUGGCUAAAACACUGCAGCAAAUUUCUCAGAGCAGAAUUCUUCCUGAACCGAGUCUUUUUAGCACAGUUCAAUUGUACAGACAAAGCAGUAAACUUUAUGGCUCUAUAUUUACCGGAGCCAGUAAAUUCCGGUGUAAAGACUGCAGUGCUGCCUAUGAUACUUUAGUAGAAUUAACAGUGCACAUGAAUGAAACAGGACAUUAUCGAGAUGACAACCAUGAAACUGAUAACAAUAACCCCAAAAGAUGGUCCAAACCUCGUAAACGUUCUUUGCUUGAAAUGGAAGGGAAAGAAGAUGCCCAGAAAGUAUUAAAGUGUAUGUACUGUGGUCAUUCAUUUGAAUCUCUUCAGGAUUUGAGUGUUCAUAUGAUCAAAACAAAACACUACCAAAAAGUGCCUCUGAAGGAACCUAUUACACCUGUAGCAGCAAAAAUUAUCCCAGCUACUAGAAAAAAAGCAUCGCUGGAGCUCGAACUUCCAAGUUCUCCAGAUUCCACAGGUGGGACACCAAAAACAACAAUCUCGGAUACCAGUGAUGCACUUCAAAAGAAUUCUAAUCCUUACAUUAUGCCAAAUAAUCGCUACGGUCACCAGAACGGUGCCAGCUAUGCCUGGCACUUUGAGGCAAGGAAAUCUCAAAUUCUGAAGUGCAUGGAGUGCGGAAGCUCGCAUGACACUCUGCAGGAACUCACAGCUCACAUGAUGGUGACAGGACAUUUUAUUAAAGUCACUAACUCUGCCAUGAAAAAAGGGAAGCCAAUUGUAGAAGCCCCAGCGACCCCAACAAUAAUAUCCUUAGUAGAUGAGAAAGUCCAGUCUGUGCCCCUCGCUGCCACCACUUUUACGUCUCCAUCUAAUACACCUUCUAGUGUUUCCCCUAAAUUAAAUGUUGAAAUAAAAAAAGUAGAUAAAGAAAGAGGCAUUGCUAAUGACAAAAUGAAAGACAAAGAAAAGUCAAGUGAAGAUGAGAAGUAUGAUAUCUCCUCAAAAUACUAUUACUUGACUGAAAAUGACCUAGAAGAAAGCCCUAAGGGGGGAUUAGAUAUAUUGAAGUCUUUAGAAAACACAGUUACAUCAGCUAUAAACAAAGCCCAGAAUGGCACACCAAGUUGGGGUGGCUACCCCAGCAUUCAUGCUGCCUAUCAGCUGCCUAAUAUGAUGAAGCUGUCAUUGGGUUCAUCUGGGAAGAGCAUACUAUUAAAACCUAUGUUUGGAAACAAUGAACUAGUAUUGCCAACUAAAAACCAGCCCUUGGUGUUUUCCCCAAGCAGUCAGACCUCACCUGUGCCAAAAACAAACUUUCACACCAUGGAAGAAUUGGUUAAGAAAGUCACGGAGAAGGUGGCUAAAGUGGAGGAAAAAAUGAAAGAGCCUGAAGGAAAGCUUUCUCCAAUGAAGCAUGCGACACCUUCGCCAUGCAGUAGUGAAGUCGGUGAACCCCUUAAGAUGGAGUCCUCCAAUGAUGGUGGCUUUAAAAGCCAGAAGAACAUCCCAGUCCCUCAGAGAGACGGUUGCAAGGGUAGUCCAACUGUAGAACCUGUGGAAAAUGGGAAAGAGCUUGUUAAGUCCAUUGUAAGUUCUUUAAGUAGCAGCGCAGCUAUCAUUACUGACCACUCUCCCGAAAAGCCAUUUGUAAAUCCAUUAAGUGCACUGCAAUCUGUCAUGAAUAUUCACCUUGGGAAGGCAGCAAAGCCGUCUUUGCCCACUUUGGAUCCGAUGAGCAUGCUGUUUAAAAAGAGCAACGGUUUAGCAGAAAAGGCUGCAGUGGCCACCCCACCUCUACAGUCCAAAAAACCAGACUGCUUAGACCGUUAUUUUUAUUAUGUCAACAAUGACCAACCCAUUGAAAAAGGCAAGAGUGACAAAAGCUGCUCUUUGGAUUCAGUGCUUUUGUCAUCCACAUCGACAUCUUCUGCAUCUUCUUCAUCUACAGUGACAACAGCAAAGACAUCUGCGGUCAUGUCAUUCAUGUCAAACUCACUGCUACAUGAGAAUGCCUUGUCAGAUAUAUCUGAUAUGCUGAAGAACCUGACAGAAAGUCACACAUCAAAAUCUUCCACACCUUCCAGCAUAUCUGAGAAAUCUGACAUUGAUGGUACCUCAAUAGAGGAACCAGAAGAGAGUGCACCAGCUCAGAAAAGGAAGGGACGUCAGUCUAACUGGAACCCUCAGCACUUGCUCAUAUUGCAGGCCCAGUUUGCAGCUAGUUUACGGCAGACUUCAGAGGGUAAAUACAUCAUGUCGGAUUUGAGCCCUCAAGAAAGAAUGCAAAUUUCCAGGUUUACGGGACUUUCAAUGACCACAAUUAGCCACUGGCUAGCCAACGUGAAAUACCAGCUCCGAAGGACAGGGGGAACUAAGUUCCUUAAAAAUUUGGACACUGGGCACCCAGUGUUCUUUUGUAAUGACUGUGCUUCACAGAUCAGAAUGCCUUCAACUUAUAUCAGUCAUCUUGAAUUGCAUCUGGGUUUCAGGUUAAGAGACUUGUCCAAACUGUCCAGUGAACAAGCAAAGUCACCAUCGGAAAAAUUGGUGACAUCCUUUCCAGAGGAAGAUAUCGGAAUUUCUUAUCAGUGCAAACUUUGUAACAGGACUUUUGCAAGCAAGCACGCUGUUAAACUUCAUCUUAGCAAAACACAUGGGAUGUCACCAGAGGAUCAUCUUCUGUAUGUUUCAGAGUUAGAGAAGCAGUAG